ACUGAACUCGUGCACAGUGACUGAUUUUGGAAAAAGCCGAAUAAUCGUAAACGAAAUCAUAAAAAUGCAACCUCAAAUAAUAUUGCUUAAAGAAGGGACAGAUGCAUCCCAAGGAAAGCAGCAGCUAAUAUCAAAUAUAAAUGCAUGUCAAGUGGUAGUGGAUGCUGUAAGGACUACUUUGGGUCCUCGUGGAAUGGACAAACUCAUUGUGGACCAAAAUGGAAAAGCUACUAUUUCGAAUGAUGGCGCAACUAUUUUAAAACUCUUGGAAGUUGUUCACCCUGCAGCAAAAACCCUGGUGGAUAUUGCUAAAUCUCAAGAUGCAGAAGUUGGUGAUGGUACCACAAGUACCGUCUUAUUAGCAGGAGAAUUUCUAAAGCAGAUGAAACCUUUCAUCGAGGAAGGAGUACAUCCACGUAUUAUGAUCAAAGCACUUCGUCUUGCACUUCAGGUAGCAAUUGAUAAAAUAAAUACAGUGAGUGAAAAGAUUGAUAAAUCCGAAAAGACAAGGCUAGUGGAGCUCUUAGAAGAAUGUGCAGCCACCUCUAUGAGUUCCAAAUUAAUUCAUCAACAAAAAGAAUUCUUCAGCCGUUUAGUAGUAAAAGCUGUUACGAUGCUGGACGAUAUGUUGCCUCUAAAUAUGAUUGGAAUUAAGAAGGUUUCUGGUGGAGCUUUAGAGGAUUCCGAAUUAGUUAAAGGCGUAGCUUUUAAGAAAACAUUCUCUUAUGCUGGAUUCGAAAUGCAACCCAAAAAAUAUAAGGACUGUAAAAUUGCUCUGUUAAAUAUAGAAUUAGAACUUAAAGCAGAGAGAGACAAUGCAGAAAUACGAGUGGAUAAUGUUAUAGAAUAUCAGAAGAUAGUUGAUGCAGAAUGGCAAAUUUUGUAUGACAAGUUAGACAAAAUUCACAAGAGUGGUGCUCAAGUUGUGUUAUCCAAAUUACCGAUUGGUGAUGUUGCUACACAAUACUUCGCAGAUAGAGAUAUGUUCUGUGCAGGCAGAGUUCCCGAAGAGGAUCUGAAAAGGACAAUGAAGGCCUGUGGUGGCAGUAUCUUGACAACAGUACAUGAUAUUAAAGAUUCAGAUUUGGGCAGGUGUGAGAUGUUUGAAGAAAAGCAAAUUGGCGGAGAAAGAUUCAAUGUGUUUUACGAAGGAUCACGUGCGAAAACAUGUACAUUUAUAUUACGUGGAGGAGCGGAACAGUUCUUAGAAGAAACCGAAAGAUCUUUACAUGACGCUAUAAUGGUUGUUAGACGUAUGUUUAAAACCAAUGCCUGCGUAGCAGGGGGAGGAGCCAUUGAGAUGGAACUAUCCAAAAUUUUAAGAGAUUAUUCUCGUGUCAUAGCAGGAAAAGAACAACUAUUGAUCGCGGCAAUAGCUCGUGCACUGGAAGUUAUACCAAGACAACUGUGUGAUAAUGCUGGUUUUGAUGCAACAAACAUUUUGAAUAAACUAAGACAGAAACAGCACCAUGGCAUGAAUACCUAUGGUGUUGAUAUCAACACUGAAGACAUUGAGGACAAUAUGUCAGCUUAUGUAUGGGAACCCGCUAUUGUAAAAGUUAACGCACUCACUGCUGCAACUGAAGCAGCUUGCCUUAUUCUAUCUGUUGAUGAGACUAUAAAGAAUCCUAAGAGCAGUCAAGAUGCACAACCUCAGAUGGGUCGUGGCAUGGGAAGACCAAUGUAAACGUUGCUUUGUUGCAUGAGCAGAAAUAAUAAGCUUGAAAUUUAAUAUUAAUAAUACGUGCACUGGAUGUAUUGAAACCAAGCGGUUUAUACUACAUAUUAUGAACUACUGUAAUACCCCAUACAAUUUUAUACUUCUUUCUUACGUUGUAAUGUAUUAUAAAAAAUAAUUUCGUCAA